UGUCAAUCCUUCCAACCCCUUCGACCCGCUCCCUUUCCAUCAGAUUCAACCCGAUCCUGACCCAGCACAGCUGUACCUGUCAUUGUUAAUGUCACUGUCACGCUUGCAUUGCGGCACUAACAAGACGACUUGUUGCACUCCCCACUGAAGCGUCUCGAGAAAUACAGUACAAGCUUUGCAAAGCUCGCUUCCCGUCUGGCCACUCCACACUUUGGUUUUGGAAUCGCAAAUCAGCGUGGCGAUCGAGUCGAAUCGAUCCACGGCUAACCAACGGACCAACUGAAGCAGCUGUCUGUUCAACUCUACUUUAUCAACAACUCUAACGUUGGCUCAUUGAGUUUCGAGGGUCAUACUAGGACAAUGACAAUGACAAUGACAUUGUGCGCACAAACUUCGAGUCACUGGGACGAGCUCCCCCAUGAGAUCCUCCUUCAGAUCUUGUGCUGUGAGUUGCACCCAGCUUACCUUGCCUUGCCUUAAUUCUUAUCCCUCAGUACCCCGCUAUCGCAUAAAUCAUACCUCCAUUACCGUUCCAUAAUCAAUUCCAAUUACUGACCACGUGUAUUUUUGCUUCAUCAGACCUUGAGCCUCAUCAAUUGCCCAAACUUCAACUUGUUUCGCGGAAUUUUAGAGAAGUUGUUCUUGAUGAUGAAUUGUGGAAACAUCACUGUUUUGAGCGCUCAUCAUGGUAUGCCUUUCUUCGAAAUCGCAGAAAGGUCUUUGCAUCUCUACCCGAGUCAUCCUUAAGUGAUGCCACAGAAGCUGAAGACGAAAAUGGUUCUCUACUGGACCAAUAUGAUUCAUGUCGAUUUGACAAACACCAUUAUCAAUUCCUUCAAGAUAUGGCAAACUGGGAUCCGGCAUUUCCUGACGAGCAUGUCUCGUGGUAUAACGAAUACAUCCAACGUCAGGGACCGCCGGCUAUCAACUGGCUUGAGACGCCACGCCUGAAACAAGGCAGUAUGGAGCAUUUCAUCGAGGUCAGAGGUAUGGCCUUAUUCAGCCCUAACAAUGGCGAUGAUGGCAUCGGCAGUUUGAUGGCCGUCUCACCACUCGACGACGGGUCUGUAUGUCUCUGGGACGUCAAUGGCACCAGGGGCAAGCGAGGGGGUAUUAUCGCGACCAGUAAACCGGACAUCCUAUUCAUCGACGGCCGCGGGGAUCAGAACACGAGGCGGUCCAAAAAGAUCGACACAGGUGUCACUGAAUGCGUCAGUGUUAAUAACAGCAACAACAGGGCUGUCUUUGCUGUGCAGAGUCAUCUCAUUGAAGUCGAUCUCAGCCGCCUUGAAGUUGUAAAUCGGCACUCUUUCGAAUGGUCAAUCACAACGUUGUCGCAGAUCCAGGAGGGUGUCCCAAUGACUGUUGGCACCUCAUUGGGUAUUCAUCUUCAAGACUUCAGGGCGCCAUCACAAUUCCAUGGAGAUGUCGUGGAGAGGCUAGAUAUCCCGGGGGAGGAGGACAAUCCUUUCAAGGGAAUCUUUGAUCCGAAUCCAUUGCCGCCGUACGCCUCAUUGUCUCAGCCAACGCCAACGAGCAUUCUACACCUACCAAGACCAGCCGGCGACAAUGCAGUGUCGGACGACAUUUACGUGGCGGGGAGAUUCUCCAAUAUUCUUCAUUACGAUAGGCGCCACUUCCCAAAGAUCGUGGGGUCCAUUUACUCGGGCUCAAGGUUGUCCAGUUUGGCGGCGCUGCCUUAUCCAUUCUCCACGUUGGACCACGAAGUACGACGUCGUGGAGAACUCACGGCUGAGAGAGUCCAUGAGUGCAAGACAGCCGGUAGCGGGAGAACUCUAGUCGCAGGCGGAGAGUACAAAACCAAAGGCUCGCUCGAGGUGUAUGGCCUGGACGCUGUCGACCUAUCAAGUGACGGCCCAAUGCAGCAGAACUCAACUAUGAAGAAUCGGUAUACUGCAGCUUCAUCCAUCAUCCUGUCGGUGAUCAACCACGGAACCAAGGUUGCAUUCUCAGAUGGGGCCGGGCAGAUUAAGUGGUUUGAAAGGGACGGAUAUACGGAGUGCCGUCGAAUCAAGGUUGGUCACAGUGACGUGCCCACUCAAGCAUCACUCUUCGCUUCCAUGCCAGGGUCCGACGAUCUCGCAAGGAAGAUCUUAUCCACCAAGACAAGGCAAGAUCGUGACCGACCAAACGAAGACAAUGUCAUCUUCUGGACGGGAGAUAAGCUUGGUAUGGUUAGUUUCACAGGAGAUACCUUGUUCACGCCCGACGAUUUCCAGGAAAAGAACAAGGAGGUCGCGGCAGAAGAGCGUCAGCGCCAGCAAUAUUCUCAAAGGAUGCGGGAAGCACUGGAGAAGCAGGCCGAUGAUGCUAGGUUUGUUCAAGGACUUGGGUUAUAAUGAAAAAGAGAGUGAUUGGAUCUGAGAAUGCGAUAAUGGGGAGGCUUUCGGCGACAUUGCGAAAUAUGGCGAGGAUCUGUCGAGCUACGAAUUUAGGAUGAAAAGGAGGCUCUAACAAAAGAAAUAAGUAAUCCCGGCACAUAGAAAAAUAACUCAAUCUCCAAACAGUUUUGACUGAGUGCCGCACGAUAUCACACAUCACGAGACACAGUGAUCGUCGGUGGAGAAAGGGUCUUUUGGGGUCGAAACGAUGGU